AUGGGAGGCGGUGAUGACGAUGAGGAUACCGGCAUUCGCGCUGGUGGGGAAGGUGAUGAUGCUGACGACGGCCCGGCCUCGAAACGGAGGAACACCUCGAGCACCGACCUGCCAGUUCAGAAGAUCCAUUCUCAUUGGCUGCAGAGGGAACUAGGCAAGCGUGUUAAGGAUAGCUCUGAGGUCAUCGCUGUAGAGAAGUCUAUUCUCGAUGUCUUGAGGCUGCCUGACUCGCAGAGUGUUGAGAACAAACUCGUACAAAUCUUCAAAUACAAGCACUUCGAUUUCUGCAAGAUCCUUGUGAAUAACAGAAUCAAGAUUUGGUAUUGCACCAAGAUCAACCAAGCACAGACUCCCGAGGAGCGCAAGUCGCUGGAGAAGGAGAUGGAGGAGGACCCAGCUGCGGCUGAGGUCCUUGAGGAAUGGAAGAUCGCUCAUCAUCAUGAGGACUAUAAGAAGCUUGGUGAUGCUCUUGAUGGUGAAGGAGGAGAAGGAGGAGGCAAUAGGAGGAAGCAGCUCAGGUCGGAGGCUAGGAAGCUGAAGGAGGGGGAGGAGGAAGCAGCGUCGUCUCUGGGUCAUCAGGAGGAUGGUGAUGUGGAGAUGGCCGAGGCUGGGGAGAUUCGUGAGGCGGCUAAAAUGCCUAAUCCAUCUAAGUUGGUUGAUCUGGACUCGCUACAGCUGCCUGGUGGAGCAAGGUUCAUGAGUAACCAAUCAUUUGAGCCUGCGAAGAAUACUGAUGUAUUCACAUCGAGCCAUAAGGGAUAUGAGGAGGUCGUGGUACAGGCUCCUCCCAAGGCUAAGGUCAAGCAGGAGUCUCUCAUUAAGGUUAAAGAGGCUCUACCCGAGUGGGCUUGUCCAGCCUUCAAGCAUUUCGAGAGGCUCAAUGCUGUGCAGUCAAAGGUCUUCCCUGUAGCUUAUAAUGAAUUUGAAGAGAAUCUUCUUAUGUGUGCUCCGACAGGAGCAGGGAAGACCAAUGUGGCUAUGCUUACUAUUAUGAACGUCCUGAAGCAAUAUCGUACUGAAGAUGGCUUUGAUACGAGCGCUUUCAAGAUGGUAUAUAUCGCGCCGAUGAAGGCCCUUGUGCAGGAAGUGGUGCAAUCGUUCUCAUUGCGCUUGGGCGACCUCGGCCUUGUUGUGAAGGAGCUCUCAGGAGAUCAGUCUCUUAGCCGUGAACAGAUCGAGCAGACGAACAUAAUCGUCACCACACCUGAGAAGUGGGAUGUUGUCACUCGUAAGGCUGGCGAGAGCCGAGGCUUCACCGCCUUAGUCAAGCUCAUUAUCAUUGAUGAGAUUCAUCUGCUUCAUGACAAUCGCGGCCCUGUACUGGAGGCCAUCGUGGCUCGUACUUUGCGGCAAAUAGAGCAGACUCAGGAGCAUGUUAGGCUGGUCGGUCUGUCGGCCACAUUGCCCAAUUAUAAGGAUGUGGCCUUGUUCUUGAGAGUGAACUUGAACCGAGGCCUCUUCUACUUUGGUCAAGACUACCGUCCUGUGCCCUUGGAUCAGACCUAUGUUGGAGUUAGCUCUAAGAAGGCUAUAAAGCGGGCUAAUGUGAUGAACGAGGUGCUCUUCGAGAAGGUUGAGGCUGAUGCUGGGAAGAAUCAGAUUAUUAUAUUCGUGCACUCUCGGAAGGACACUCUGAAGACGGCUCGCGAGCUGAGGGAUAUGGCUAUGGAGAAGGAGAUGCUUGGGAAAUUCUUACCAGAGAGCGGCGCCUCGAGACAGAUUAUCGAAAACGAAAUUGAAAAUACGAUUAAGUCGCCAGAUUUGGGCGAUCUGUUGAAGUAUGGUUUCGGUAUACAUCACGCUGGUAUGGCGAGAGUCGAUCGAACUACUGUGGAAGAUCUGUUCGCCGAUGGCCACAUACAAGUGCUGGUGUCUACUCUUACCUUGGCAUGGGGUGUUAACUUACCGGCUCAUACGGUCAUUAUUAAGGGCACGCAGGUGUAUAGUCCAGAGAAGGGUGAUUGGGUAGAGCUGAGCCCGAUGGAUAUGAUGCAGAUGAUGGGUCGUGCUGGUCGUCCUCAAUAUGAUACUACUGGCCAUGGUAUCGUAAUUACGAACCGUUCGGAAUUGCAGUAUUAUCUCUCCUUGAACAAUACACAGCUCCCGAUCGAGUCCCAGAUGUUGUCAGCUUUACCUGAUAUGAUCAACGCUGAGAUGGCACUGGGGACUAUAGCCUCUAGGGAUGACGCAGUGCGUUGGUUGGGGUAUACAUAUCUGCAUGUGAGGAUGAUGAAGGCACCUCAACUAUAUGGUGUACCUAUGGGAGACGAGGAAGGGAAUCCUAGAGAUGACCCUAGGCUUAUACAGCACCGAGUGAAUCUGUGCCAUGCGGCUAUGACUAUGUUGGAUAAGAAUGGUUUGGUGAAGUACGACAAGAGAACAGGGCAAUGUCACAUUACAGCUCUAGGACGAGUUGCUGCGCACUACUACAUCAAGUAUCCUUCUAUGGCUGUAUAUAAUCAGCAUUUAAAGCCGCGGAUGUCUGAUAUAGAAUUGCUCCGCUUGUUCUCUCUGAGUUCGGAGUUCAAGUAUAUACCUGUGAGGGAAGAAGAGAAGGUCGAGCUGAGCAAGCUGGUCGAAAAGGUGCCUAUUCCAGUGAAGGGAGGUGCUGAGGAGACUGGAUCUAAGAUCAACGUCCUUUUGCAAGCAUACAUCUCGAGGUUGCCUCUUGAUGGUUUCGCCUUACAAGCUGAUAUGGUAUAUGUGGAGCAGUCGGCUGGUCGUAUCUUCCGAGCGUUGUUCGAGAUAGCCCUUCGUAGGGGGUGGGCUGACCUGGCCAAGAAGGCCCUCCUUUGGAGUAAAGUGGUCGAGAAGAGAUUCUGGAGCGUACAGACGCCUUUGAGGCAUUUCAAGGAGAUUCCGGAGGAUAUUUUGCGCAAAAUUGAGAAGAAAGAUAUCCGUUUCGAGCAGUACUAUGACUACAAGCCGCAUGAGAUUGGUGAACUUCUGAGAGCGCCAAAACUAGGCAAGCAUAUAUACAAGUACGUCCAUCAAUUCCCCAAGUUGGACCUAGCCGCCUACGUGCAGCCGAUAACUCGUAGCUGUCUACUGGUGGAGCUUACCUUGACUCCGGACUUCCAGUUCGAUCCGAAGGUACAUUCCUCCACAGAGCCUUUCUGGAUUUUCGUGGAGGACACACAACAGGAGACUAUACUCUACUAUGAGUUGUUCGUGUUGAGGCAAUCUCAAGCUGACCAGGAGCAUACGCUCACCUUUACAGUGCCUAUUACGGAUCCUAUGCCCCCACACUACUUCAUCAGAUGCGUAUCGGACAGGUGGAUUGGGGCGGAGUCUCUGUUGCCGGUGAACUUCCGUCGGUUGAUAUUGCCGGAAAGGAAUCCCCCGGAGACGGAACUACUUGAUUUGAUGCCGUUGCCUAUCACUGCAUUGAAGUGGCCUAAGGCUGAGCAAGUGUUCUAUGGCGCGACUGGCAAGUUGAAUCCGAUACAGACACAGACUUUCACUCAAAUGUUCCAAAGUGAUGACAACACGUUGCUGUGCGCCCCGGCUAACUCGGGUAAACUGCAGUGUGCUGAGUUUGCUAUAUUGAGAAUGCUAAAGGAGUAUGAGAUCAAACGGUGUGUUUAUAUGUGUCCAUUCGAGCGGCUUGCCGAGUUGAGGUUGACCGAGUGGCAGAAGAAGUUUGGCGUGGAUGGAUUGGGAUGUGUCGUGACUAAGCUUACUGGAGAGGCCUCGCAGGAUCUCAAGCUACUGGACUCAUCACAUAUUGUGAUUACAAUACCUGAACAUUGGGAUAUGAUAUCGAGGAGAUGGAGAACUAGGAAGCCGGUCCAGCAGGUGUCUCUGUUCAUUGCUGAUGAUUUGCAUUUACUCAACCAUCCGAGAAUCGGCGCCACUAUGGAGGCUUGUGUAUCGAGAAUGAGGUACAUCACCUCAAAUCUGUCGGCUCAAGCUUCGGAGAGCGGUGAGGCCUUCAAGCCAUGCAGGAUUAUCGGGUUAGCGGCAUCGAUUUCGAAUGCCAAUGAUCUCGGUGGUUGGAUGGGAGCUCCAGUGUCCUCUCAAUUCAACUUCCCCACCAAGAUCCGCGCUGUGCCAGUUAAGGUCAUCAUCCACGGCUAUGAUAUCUACAGUCGGAACGCUAGGAUGGCUGCUAUGACCAGACCUACUUACAACCUUAUCAAGGCUAACUCUCCCUCUCAACCGGUGGUGGUAUUUGUCGGUGAUCGUCGACAGAGCCGUAUGGUGGCGGCUGACCUCAUGCUCCAAGCUACUGCUGAUAACAGUCCCGAUAGAUUCCGUCAUUUGUCUGAGACAGCGAUGAAGGAGCACAUUGAAGGGCUGUCGAAGGAGUAUGGUUGGAGGACUCGAGAGCGGGGUUUGGUUACAUCGUUGAUGCAUGGUAUUGGCUACAUGCAUGAGGGGCUGAGCAACAAGGAGAGAGAUGGUCUAAUGGAACUGUUCGAGAGCGGUGCGGUUCAGAUCAUGGUAGUGACGGUAGAUCUUGCGUGGGGUCUAUUGCCGCAGACUCAUAAUGCAGGGUGUAGGAUGGUGGUGGUUAUGGACACUGUUAAAUACGAUGCAAGACAACGACGUUAUGUGGACUAUGAUGUAGCCGACGUGGUAGAGAUGAUGUCCAUUGCUGGUCGACCGGGCAUUGAUGAUCAUGCAACAUGCGCUCUACUCUGUCCCACUACUAAGAAGGAUUAUUAUAAGAAGUUCAUAUACGAGCCCAUGCCCGUCGAGUCACAGUUGGAUCAGAAGUUGACGGAUCAUCUCAAUGCUGAGGUUGUGUCGGGCACGAUUGAGAACAAGCAAGAUGCAGUUGAUUGGCUCACUUGGACCUUCUUCUACAGGAGGAUCACUCGUAAUCCGAAUUACUACUCAUUACAGGGUGUAUCACCUCAAGAGAUUUCCGACUUCUUAUCGGAGAUUAUAGAGUCAACAUCAGACGCGCUCGCCCAGACAGGGUGCAUUGAGAUUGGCGAGGAUGAGAUCACUCUGAGCAGCACCAAUCUUGGCAUGGUCGCAGCGUAUUAUUACACUCGUCCAUCGACCAUCGAGAUCUUUUCCCGGAAUAUUACACGCACGAGUAAACGUCGUGCUCUGGUUGAAGCCCUUUGCGGUGCUAGUGAGUUCGAGUCGAUUCCAGUUCGACCUGGUGAAGAGGGAACACUGAGGGCCUUGGCUGAACGGCUGAAGGUACCAGUUGAGACUGGCAAGCUGAAACAGGGUGAUCCAGCAGUGAAGUGUGCUAUUCUCUUACACGCCCACCUCGCGAGGCAAAGACUCCCAGGGUCUGACCUUGCGGCGGACCAACGUACGGUGCUGCUCAACUCUACCAGGCUUAUACAGGCUAUGGUUGAUGUGGUUGCUAGUCACGAAUGGUACCGAGUGGCACUUCGUGCGAUGGAGUUAUCGCAGAUGGUUGUACAGGCGAUGGGCCCUGACACCAGUCUGUUGAUGCAGUUACCGUAUAUUAAUCAGGACAUGGUCGAGGAGGCGAAAAAGAUGGGGGUUGAGGAUGUCCUUGAUAUUUUGGAUUUGGAUGACGAUAAACGCAAUAAGCUAUUCCGGGAUCUGUCGGAGUCGCAAGUUGCCGAGGUCGCCCAAGCUUGUAAUCAGUUCCCGAGUAUCAAUAUGGAAUAUAAAAUCAACAAAUCUAAGGACGGGAAGACUGUUACGAUCCCUGUGGUGCUGGAGCGUGAUGGAGAUCUAGGAGUGAUUGAUAAAACUGCUGGGUUCGUACCGGUAUAUGCUAAGUAUUACCCUGGAGAAAAGGAGGAGUCGUGGUGGCUAGUGGCUGGUAUGAAGGAUAGUUUAGUGGCUAUCAGGCGUGUUACUAUCAAUAAGGCUCAAGUGAAGGCGAAGUUACAGUUCAGGUUGCCAGAGAAACCUGGCAAGUACAACUAUACAUUGUGUUUGAUGAGCGAUAGCUUUAUGGGGGCAGACCACGAGUAUGAGGUCGAAGUCACUGUAUGAGGAGAGGUAGUCUAUACUCUUUA